UAUUCUGCAUUUAGAAACUAUUAACAUAAUACUUAAUCAGAUGUAAUGUCUGUCUCUAUGUAUGACUUAAAAAGUGAAAUGGGAAAAAUAUAUCAUUAUCUUCAUAACUUUGCCAGUAUUAUCCAAUUUCUGGUUUCUUCAUGUUAAAUUGUACACCUUGCAUUCACAGCGUAUCCACCCUCAUGGUAUUAGCUGCAAUACAAUUUCCUCUCCACCAUCUUUCUUAACCAACAAAACACUAUCAUAAUACAUGCACAGACAUCUUUAAAACUCCUGUCUUUUUACUUUUCACUGUUAUUCUAUUGUCGUUGAUGAUUCCGUAGCUAGUUUAUUAGCAUUGAGUGCAAAAUAAGGCCAUACUCUAAAAAACUAAACUGUGACCAUUGAAGUUUUCCCUGCUUGCUGUCUCUUAACUUCUGCUGUAUGUUCUUCAACAGGAUGAGUCGAUACAUAAAAAAAAACAUUGUUUCAAAACAUUUUCAUUUGAAAGGCAUCAGGUAUGACGUUGUUGAAAAAUUCAGAGAGAAACUUGACAGCUUCACUAUCUCAGAUUACCAUGGCCUUAACAGUCCAGGUCUGACAUGCUAUCUGAACAGUAUUCUUCAGGUGCUUUACAUGACCGAAGACUUCCAGGAGGCUGUACAACAGUGCCACAAUAAAGAUUCAACAACCAUUGACUCACAGCUGGAAGGACUGUUUGCUGAUUUACGAAAAAGAAUUGCCAAAACACUUGACGUCACAGAAAAACUGGGGAUCACUAAUGUAUAUGAGCAACGCGAUGCUGCUGAGUAUUUUGAGAAGAUCCUGUGUAUGACCAGUCCGGUUGCAGCUCAGAUAUUCAAAGGGGAGCUGAAUCACAUCACAACAUGCCAGAAGUGCAAAGAGAGGAACCAGUCCAGGAGCUUUUUUUGGGUUCUGCCACUUGCAAUAGAAGACUUGCGUGGUCACAUCUACAGCGUGGAGAAAGGGUUAAAGGCAUUCUUCAAGGGGGAAAAAGUCAGCGGGGACGACAAGAUGUACUGCAACCAGUGCAAUAAAAAGCAAGACGCAGUGUUGCAAUGUGAGGUAACAACACAUCCAGGGAUUUUGACCCUCCUGUUGAAGAGAUUCAGCUUUGACUACAAGCUCAGGUGUUACGUUAAGCUCCACUGCAACGUGGAUGUCCCGAAAUCUCUGUUCAUCGGGAAAUGCAAAUAUGACCUCUACGCUUUAGUGAACCACUUUGGGAAUCUAACAGGGGGUCAUUACACUGCACACAUCAAAUCUAUUGAAACGGACACGUGGUACCACUUUAAUGACAACAUUGUUAACAUGGUUCAACCACCACUCAUUGGGGCUGAAAAUCACUCCCUAAGGUCCUGUACAGCUUACCUCCUCAUGUACAAGAAGGUGAGCAGACAUCCUGAACAAAAUGAUGAAAGCGAGGAUGAUCUCCGUUCACAUUCAGGAGUCGAUGCUGAAGGAAGACAAGACGAGACAGAGAGAGGAGAGCUUCCUGUUCCUCAUCAUCAACUCAAUGAUGGAAGCUGCCAUGGAGGGGGAAACCUGAAGCUCCUGAAUGCACCGUGUGUGAAGCCAGAGAGAAAAGACUCUGGAGCGGAUGGAGACUGUUUGCAAUCACACAAGUCAGAUUUUCCAACGCUACAAAAGAGUCACAAGAUCAGACAGCAGCUUGAUAGGAACUCAGAGGAGCCCAUGCAGCUUUUACACACCAGAGGGAAACACUCGGAACAUUUGGGAAGACACGAGAUGAACCAUGUGUUAGAGCAAUCCACAGAGAAAAGACUGGAGGUGAAUGAGACUGUCUUGGGAACACAGAAAGCUAAAGGAAGCUUUAGAAAUAGAGUCAAACAUGGGGAAGCAGAAGAACAUUUGUGUAGUUCUGAUGUGAAGUCACUUCCUGUUUCCUCUUCUUCUUCUUCUUCUUCUUCACUUACAUACUUGAAAGGACACAGGACGAUUAAAGUUUGCAUGCAGCCAUCCAUUAAGUGUAACAACUCUCCAAAACUAUGCAGAAAAUCCAACAAUUCGAUGAAAGACGGGGAGACCAUGCAACAUGCUGUGACUGCAGAUUGCACACAAACUGUGAGAAAAGAAGGGAAAAGUCCUGAAGAUAGAGGACAGUCUGCAAAGAGCAGGGACAGAGACAGAAAAGCGCCAUGGAAGUGAUGAAAUGCCAGGGAUAAUAUCUGUAUAUUUGUCAUAAGUGGCUUGGAUUUUUUUAAUAUUUUGAUAUGUUAAUGCUUUUUAAAUAGAGCAUUUAUAAUAAACUUGGAAUACAUGGCUUUUUUUUUUUUACGUGAAUGCAGUCAAAGAGAUUUCUAACUAGAAUACAGAGACAAUGAGCAUUGAAAGGCGGGUGCGUGUACCUUUAAGAUUAAGAACGAAACUGAAAGUAUUUAUUCAGUUCGUCGGUGUCGGUAAUCUGCAACCAAAUAAAGGAACCCAAACAGCAACACCGCAGAAAUGGUUGUGUCAAUCUUAAUUAAAGGGCAUUCUGGUCAGAAAUAUCAAUUGGUGCUGGACGACACUGAGUUUCAGGGCGCCACAGUGCUGGAUCUGAAACACAAGAUUGCAGCUCUCGAGGGAAUUCCAGUGUCACAACAGCGACUGAUCUUCGGAGACAACCAACUGGAGGACGACUUUCUACUAUCACACUACGGAAUUCAAAAUAAUUCAACCAUUCACACGGUGUUAAAAUUGUGUGGUGGAGGUUGUUCUGGGGGCCCGGGAGAUCCUGGACUGGGUGACAAGGAUGGGAAACACAGUAGUAAUGAAAGGCUCGCUGACUUUUAAAACCUUCCCUGGACAGAACUGUUUCCUGGAGACAUUCCAAUAACACACCAGAGCUUCACACAAGUGCCCAAACGAUUAUCCCAUAUCACACUCUGCUGGGAUUUUAGUGUAAAACCAAUAUUGGAUUAAUCAUUUCAUUUCAUAUGUCUUGUUAUGCGCCUGCUCUGUGUGUGGACUGUUUAAAGUGUUUGAACAGGGAAAGUUAAUGGAUGUGUCUCGCAACUUGAUUUUUUUACACAACUAUCAGGGAGUGGCUUAAAGUGCAAAUCACUGUCAUCACUACCAGUCCACUUCCUGUAGCAUAAAUGCUAAUGCUAACCUUGUUUCACGUAUUGUAUAUUUAACAAUCCACAGAGCUGUUUCAUGAUAUCAAUGAUCAGGCAACACAUGAAAAGCGUUGACAGUUGUCAAAAGACUACAUUUAUUUUAAUAUGUGUCAUUAUUUGUUUUAUUUAGCUGUUGUUUAACUCAGUCCAACAUACAUGUAUUCACUAAUGUGCAGCUGUUAGUCAUCCAAUAUAAAAUCUACACUGACUAAGAAAAGCCUGAUUCAGUGAUGCAGUUGUUAAUGAUGAAGAAAGCAGCCUUCAGUGGCAACAUGUCAAAUAAUGCAUUUUAAAACGUUGUGCAAAAACUGAUGUGUUUUCUGCUCACAAUAUAAAUGAACUAAUAAACUUUUAUUAUAGUAAACCUGGUUUAUUUGAUGAGUGUAUACUACAGGGUAGAUAAGGCUACAGCAUUGUACUGCAUCUUAACAUGUAAGUAUUGUCUUUUCCAGAUACAUGCAAUAGGAUAGCAGAUGAAUAGACAAAAUACCAAUACUUGCCUCUGAAAUAUAGUAGAGGAGAAUUAGGCUCUAUAUAGAACAUGUCAAAAUGUUGCUUAUACAGUUCUUUACUCAUUGUACUACUUAGUUUGUCGUAGCUUAUUAUUUAUGUUACGACUACAUCAGUAAAGAGCCGUUAAAUGUCCCUGUCAGUCGUGAGAGCCGCCUUAUGUACACUGAAAAAACUGAAACGUUGACUUUAAUUAAAUCCUUUUGACUUGGAAAAGCGGUAAUGCUUGCGGUUUCCAUCACAGCAGACAGCCAACAUGUCUGGAGAACAUGCUGGACAAA